AUGAGCAAAAACAAGAUUGCCCGAGAUUUCUUUGGAACGUUACAGAACUUGUAUGUCUUUAUCCAGUCUUGCCCAAAGCGACAUAGUGUUUAUGUGAAGAAUCAGAGGGAAAUUAAUGCCCAUGCCGGAAGAGGAGAAAAAAGGGAGUAUACCCUUAAGAAGCUAUCUGAUACCAGAUGGGCUUGUCGUGCAGACAGUAUAGUAGGAAUACACCGUACUUCAGAUGCUGUAAUUGCAACGCUGAAGGAGGUUAGGGAAAAUGAAACAAAGGCGGCCAUUGCAGCUGAGGCAAAGGGACUGCUGCAAAAUGUUCAAGACUUUGAAUUCAUUGUAGCUCUAGAGGUAAUUUGAAUAAUUGGACUGUUAUUUUUUAAAAAAAAUAUGCGUAUAAUGAAAACUGUUCUUUUUACUAGAUUUGUUCUAUUUUAUCGCAAGAUGCUAAAAAAGGUGCUGCAUCUUAGUAAAGGGGUUUCAGACAAGCUUCAGUCCGAAGGCCUCGACGUUGUUUCAGGAUGUGAGAGAGUAGCUGAUCUUCUUACUGCAAUUAAGGCUCUUCGAUGCGAUGUGAAGUUUGAAGAUUUCUGGCUUGCAACCCUAGAGAGAUGCGUAAAAUUGGGAAUCGAGGAGCCAAAAGAAAAGCGUCCUCGCAAG